CCGGCAAGCAUAAGGGCCUGAGUUCAAUCCCCAGUUCCGCCAAAAAAAAAAAAAAAAAAAUGUGUCUUGCAUUUCUCUGGAGGUUGCUGUGAGGGUUGAGUGAUGUUUUUGAUUAUGCAGACCUCUUGAAACACUGCAAAUGCUGCGUAGGUAUUUGCUUUUGCCCCUAGCAAGGGUGUGGGUUGAACCCAGGGCCUACAUCCCCAGCCUCCCCUCCCCCUUUUAGGAUGUUCUCACGAAAUCACUGAGUUGCCAAGCUGAAGUCAAGCUGAAGAUCGUCCUGCAUCAGCUUCCCAGAGUGUUGAGAUUGCAGGCGUGCAUUGCCGCACCCUGCUGGGUUUGCUGCUCUGGCCAUGGUUACUGCUGUCCCAUGACUGGGCAGCUGCCCUGGUUCCUAGUACUCCUGGACGUUUUGGUUAGGAACAGCUCUGGCUCUAGAGGACCCAGGCGCAGAAAGGUCUGAGGGUGAGGGUUCCUAGGAGGAGCAACAGGCUGGGGUAUUUGGUUGCCACUUUUGUUCCCUAGUUUGUCUCUGCAGUGCUGCCUCGCCCACAGCAGGUGCUUGGUCUGUGUUCAUUAAUGGAUUUCUAAUGUCACCUCUCUUUUCACCCCAAAAGGUCCUUGGCCUAGCCUAGGAGGCAGUGCUCUGGGAAGAAGUCGCGCCUACCCUGGCACCCCAGGGAGGGGGUGGCGCUGUGCUGUCUGGGGACACGGGAUGUGGCCCGGGCCCAGGGAGCACCUGAAAGAUGCUGCAGACCAGCAGCUACAGUCUGGUGCUGGCCCUGCAGUUCCUGCUGCUGACCUACGACCUCUUCGUCAACGCGUUCUCCGAGCUCCUCCGCAUGGCCCCUGUCAUCCAGCUGGUGCUCUUCAUCAUCCAGGACAUCGCAGUCCUCUUCAACACCAUCAUUGUCUUCCUCAUGUUCUUCAGCACCUUCGUCUUCCAGGCCGGCCUGGUCAGUCUCCUGUUCCGUAAGUUCAAAGGCACCAUCAUCCUGACGGCCGUGUACCUCGCGCUCAGCAUCGCUCUCCACGUGUGGGUCAUGAACCUGCGCUGGAAAAACUCCCAGAGUUUCGUGUGGACGAAUGGGCUGCAGGCGCUCUUCGUGCUCCAGAGGCUGGCAGUGCUGUACUGCUACUUCUACAAGCGCACCGCCCUGCGGCUGGGCGACCCCCGCUUCCACCGCGACUCUCUGUGGCUGCGCAAGGAGUUCCUGCAGGGCUCACGGUGACCCUGUGUCCUCCGGUGAGGCCACUUCUGCUGCUCUGUGGGGAGGGCUGGCCAUCGCAACAGGCUGCUGUGGGCACAGUAGGACAGGCUGGGCCAGCUGUGUCGCCCCAGGGUCACACCCUUCCAAGAGCUGCAUGGGGACAGAGGGCAGCUGGCCUGUUGUCUGGGUGCCACCUGGAGUGACUGAGGAUGCCACAGGCUGGAGCUCUGUGCCCCUGAAAAGCUGGCCUCUAGAUGUUAGACCAUGUACCCAAGGAACAUUUUUGCAUUUUAAAAAUAGGAAAUAAAUUGAACUCCUUUUCCACAAAGCAUGGAAGCUAUCUGUCUAGCUGGACCUGCCGUCCCAGCCUCUGUUUCUUCCCCCAUAGCAAAUGGGGGCCUGCCAACGACAGAGAUUCCUGAGCCAGUGCAGGCGAGGUGUGGGCAUCGUCUGCCUUGCCUGCUGCCCCCAACCCUCGGAGCUCAGAUGCCCCUCUCUGCCACUCCUCUGCCCAUCACAGGAGAAAUGUCAGGCACCCGCAGCCAUCCCCCGUUGGCAGGGAGAGAUAGUGAACCCAGCAGUCGGUGGCAGUGGGAGCUGAGCGGCUCCCAGCUCGGGCCCAGUGGGCUGGCGGUGAUUUCACCUGACCUCAAGCAUGUUUGGCCAUCGGGGCAGCAGGAUGACCUCAGUGCAGCGGGGAGCUCCACCUGGGCUGGGCUCCAUCCGUAGCAGGCAGCCAGGUCUGUUCCCUGGGCAGUGGCAGAAGAGGGGUGAGGUGCCCAGAGUAUGUUGGGCCAGCCGGGAAGCCAGGAGCAUGGGCAGGAGGAACAGGCACAGGCGCUGUGAUUCCAUCUGCCCAUCCUGGAAGACAGGCCCUGUGACACAUGGGGAAGCCACACGCCUGUCACCCCUGUACGGCGGCUGGGGCAAAAGGAUGGGGCAUUCAGUUCGAGGCCAGCCUGGGCAACAGGGCAGGACUCUUAUCUCCAAAACAAAAUCUCUUAAACAAUGAGAGGUGCACAGGCGACAGCCGCCUCUUUCCCAGAGGACCAAGUGGCCCGCAGCCAGGUCUGCAGUUGCAAGGUUGCGCCUGUUCACUCUGCCAUGGGGUGUUAGAUGAUUC